UUCCGGCGGGGAGCUGGCGGCUGCCGCGGGAGGGGAGUCGCUGGGGCCGCGGCCGGAGGCCGGCACUCUCGAGCGAUGUCGUUCCUGUUGGAGUGGAUCUACAACGGCGUCAGCAGCGUGCUGCAGUUCCUAGGUUUGUACAAAAAGUCUGGAAAACUUGUGUUCCUGGGCUUGGAUAAUGCAGGCAAAACCACUCUUCUGCACAUGCUCAAAGAUGACAGGCUGGGUCAGCACGUCCCCACGCUACAUCCAACAUCAGAGGAGCUGACGAUCGCUGGAAUGACUUUUACAACUUUCGAUCUGGGUGGACACGAACAAGCUCGCCGGGUCUGGAAGAACUACCUGCCGGCAAUUAACGGGAUUGUCUUCCUGGUGGACUGCGCGGAUCACUCGCGUCUCAUGGAAUCCAAAGUUGAGCUUAAUGCGCUAAUGACAGAUGAAACAAUAUCCAACGUGCCAAUCCUUAUCUUGGGUAACAAAAUCGACAGACCAGAGGCCAUCAGCGAGGAGAAGCUGCGGGAGAUCUUUGGGCUUUACGGACAGACCACGGGAAAGGGAAACGUGCCACUGAAAGACCUGAACGCGCGUCCCAUGGAGGUGUUCAUGUGCAGCGUGCUGAAGAGGCAAGGCUAUGGCGAAGGUUUUCGUUGGCUAUCGCAGUAUAUUGACUGAUACUGGGACAGACGUAGAGUUUUACUCCUCUGGACUGAUCCUGUUCACAGCUUCCUAUGGACUUUUCUAGUAGAACACGGAAGGUUUUCCAACCGCGUACCGGCAUUGGCCGAGAGACUCCUGGUUUUCGACUGCUCCAUUGCACAGUGGUGACACAACUCUUUUCCGCGCGACUGGGAGACAGCACGGUUCUGCACGUGGGCGCAAGUCGUCCCUUUCAGUCGCCACGGUUUCCCGCGGAAGCCGUGGCUUUGGGGUUACAACGGGGCUGGUGCCAUCUGGGAAGUAAAACUCUGCACGCUGCACCGUAACAGCUGAAAAAGAGAGCACGUCUCACCACUGUGGUUAAUUGACUUAAAAAAAAAAAAAAAAAGAAAGAAAGCAAGCAAUUAUAUUUUUUAAAGAAGGUGUUCAUGUAAACAGCGUCCCUUCUAACUUUUUAGUUUAACAUUCAUCUUGUUUAGUCCAGAGUCUGUUUAGGGUUUUUUAAAAAUAUAUUUAACGGUAUUUAGACAUUUCGCAAAUUACUGAACAAAGCAUCAUGAUAUUAGAGGUCCUCAAUAAACAUAGAUUUGGGCUUAACUGAUCUAUAGGAUGGUUGUGCUGUGUCACACUGGCUGAUCAUGAAGAGGGUGCCGUCGGGCCUGACUCGCGCGAUCAAGCUUCCCGGGGAGUUCUCGCCGGAGAAGAGUACCCGCGAGCACAGCUGGCGGCUGUAGCCUCACGGCUUUAGGCGUCCGAACGCGGUUGCCGCCUUCGGCUCCCCGGAGCGGCGAGCCCGGGGGACGGGGCCGCCGGAGCGCGUCCUCGGGUUGCGCGGCGGCCGGCCGAGCUCGCCGGGGAGGGGGCGAUCUUCUUACUGCGGGGCUCCGCUGCGCUCUAGCAGUAAGAAAGCGCGAAGCUGUUUUCGGUGGUUGUAGCACGGAAGUGUUUGACACUUGCAUAUCAUAAGGUUAUUAAUGUAGACUAAAGCGGUUUCUUUUAUACUCGGCGGAUCUUUGUCUGACGUUCCAUUACUGUCUAGCACUCGUUUUCGGUUAAAUAAAGACACGUCUUUCUCCUCUGAA